CGGUGCCCAGUUAUUAAAAUAAAUACUUUGUUGGACGAAGAAGCGUUGAAUAUAGAGGAUAAUAUUGAAAAUACUGAUUUCUUAUGUCUGAGCAAUGUAAAAAACAAUAAUGUUGUGAAUAGUUUGAAUUCAUGUGAUAAAGUUUUGAAUAAUGUCGAGAAUAAUUUCAAAAACGUUGGAAAUACUGAUUUAGUAUGUUUGGAUAAUGAUAAUGAGAAUGCCAAUGAUGUUGUGAAUGGUCUGAACUCAAGUAAUAAAGUCUUGACAACUUUAAGUAAUAUUGGAAGUGGAAUUACUAGUCUAUCAUAUUCGACUAGUUGUAAUGUCGAGGAAGUUGUAGACAAUUUGAACUUUUAUCAUGAUGCGUUGAAUAUAGAGGAUAAUAUUGAAAAUACUGAUUUCUUAUGUCUGAGCAAUGUAAAAAACAAUAAUGUUGUGAAUAGUUUGAAUUCAUGUGAUAAAGUUUUGAAUAAUGUCGAGAAUAAUUUCAAAAACGUUGGAAAUACUGAUUUAGUAUGUUUGGGUAAUGAUAAUGAGAAUGCCAAUGAUGUUGUGAAUGGUCUGAACUCAAGUAAUAAAGUCUUGACAACUUUAAGUAAUAUUGGAAGUGGAAUUACUAGUCUAUCAUAUUCGACUAGUUGUAAUGUCGAGGAAGUUGUAGACAAUUUGAACUUUUAUCAUGAUGCGUUGAAUAUAGAGGAUAAUAUUGAAAAUACUGAUUUCUUAUGUCUGAGCAAUGUAAAAAACAAUAAUGUUGUGAAUAGUUUGAAUUCAUGUGAUAAAGUUUUGAAUAAUGUCGAGAAUAAUUUCAAAAACGUUGGAAAUACUGAUUUAGUAUGUUUGGGUAAUGAUAAUGAGAAUGCCAAUGAUGUUGUGAAUGGUCUGAACUCAAGUAAUAAAGUGUUGAAAACUUUAAGUAAUAUUGGAAGUGGAACUACUAAUCUAUCAUAUUCGACUAGUUGUAAUGUCAAGGAAAUUGAGGACAAUUCUAACUUAUAUAAUGAAGAUUUUGUUUAUGAUUCGAGAUCAGAUUAUGAGUAUGAUUCAGGAUCAGAUUAUCUACCGCCAUCCCAAAUUCACUGUGAGAGUAUGCAUUCUGAUGAUGAAGUAUCUUUGAAAUCAGAUAUUAUUGUAAAUAAUUGUAUUGAGAGUGACAACCAAUCAGAUAGCCCUUCAUCAUCUGGCAUGAGUAACAAGCAACUAAGUGUACUCAAUCCAAAAAAUACCAAAACUGGAUACAAUUUUAGUGCAUCAGUUCAGUGUUCAAGAAAAAAGCCAAUCAACAAUAAAAGACUAUGGGACAAAACUGAUUGUUGUAUAUUUUGUGAAGAAAAUGUUACUAAUUUUACAAGACACAUUAUAAGAAAGCAUACGUCAGAAAUGGAAGUAGCUCGAUACCUUUCUUUUCCACAAGGCAGCAAAGACAGAAAAAUUCUUGCAGAUCAACUUCGAAAACGAGGAAAUUUCUUGUGUAAUAUUGGUAGCGAACAAGUCAUUAAACCUGUAAGACGGCCAAAUGAAUUUUCAUCAAUUUCAAAUGCAGCAGAUUACUUGCCUUGUAAACACUGUUAUGGCUUAUAUAAAAAGAAGUAUUUAUAUAGACAUGAAAAAAUUUGUAAAAGCGUUAAAACUGAACUAAAAGGCAGAAAUAAAGCUCAGGCAGAUGCUCAAAAUCUUUUGCUAACAUUUACUGAAACUGACGAACAAUUAGUUAAAGAAGUGUUUCCCAGAAUGGCAGUUGAUAGUAUUUCUCUGGUAGCAAAAACCGAUUUGUUAAUUAAAUCGUUUGGAUCAAGAUAUUUAAAAUGCCAUCGUGAAAAACAUUUAGUCAAUAUUGUAUCUCAAAAAAUGAGAACUCUUGCAAGACUCCUAAUUCAGAUGAGAAAUGAAGAUUCUAAUAUUAAAUCAUUGCUGGACUGCUUAACUCCAAAAUAUUUUGAUAAAAUAAUAAAAUGUACUAAAAUUGUUGCGGGAUAUGAUGCUGAUAAUGAUAAAUUCGGUUCACCAUCAAUUGUUCUAAAAAUGGGAAGUGCCUUAAAACAGUGCUGUGAUAUUGCUGAAUUUCACAUUUUAAAAGAAAGUAAGCAUUUGGAUCUAGAUGACACACAAAAGAAAAUAAAAAAAUCACUUCUAAACAUGAGAUCAAUUAUUGAAAAACAGUGGUCAUAUGAAAUUUCUACUAACGCAUGUAAAGAGAUAUUCCAAAAAAAAUGGAAUAAACCAGCGUAUCUUCCACUAACGUCGGAUAUAAAAAUAUUUAGGGACUACAUAAUAAGUGUACAGAAUAAAUGUAUAAAAGACUUAAAAGAAAAUUCAAAUAAUAUUAAAGCAUACAGAGAACUUCAAGAAAGCAUACUUAGUCAGCUAAUUUUAUUGAACCGUAGAAGAUCCGGAGAAGUGCAAAGAAUUUUUUUGCAAACAUAUUUAUGCGCUCCUUCUGAAAUCUCGCAAGAAGAAAUCGAUUUUUCACUUUCUGAAAUGGAAAAACAGUUGACCAAACAAUUUAAAAGGAUUGUUAUCAGGGGAAAACGUGGCCGAGGUGUGCCUAUUUUAUUUACUAUUAACAUGCAAAAAACGAUCAAAUUUUUACUAGCCAUAAGAGAAACUUGUAAUUUUAUUGAUAAAGAAAAUCCUUUUUUAUUCGCUUUACCAAAUUCUAUGAAUUCUUUAAGAGGCUCAGAUGCUAUACGUAAAUUAGGUAAUGAAUCGGGAGCCAAAAACCCAGAAAAUCUAACCUCUACAAAGUUAAGAAAACAAAUUGCAACUGUAGCACAGUUAUUAAAUUUAACUGAAAAUGAUAUUGAACAGUUAGCUAACUUCCUUGGUCAUACUAAAGAUGUGCAUAAAAAUUUUUACAGCUUGUCAGAAAGUACUUUCCAGGUUGCUAAGAUCAGCAAAAUGCUGUUAAUGAUGGAAAAAGGUCAAGGACAUGAAUUUAGGGGAAAAAAUUUAGAUGAAAUAGAUAUAAAUGUUGAAGCAUUAGUUUCAGAUGAAGAAUUAAAUGAAGAUGUUUCUUCUGAGGAUGAAUUACAAAAUCAGAAUAUAGAUCUCGAGAUUCCAACUAAUAAAACAGAUAAAAUAUUUACGAAAAAAAAGAAAAACUGCCGAAAAAUAUCUACUUCAAAAAAUAAAGAAAGUUUGCCUCCAACUAAAAACUCUAAAACUACUUCACCAAAAUAUGUAAGAGUUGCUUGGACUGAAGAUGAACGUAAAAUAACAACUGAUUAUUUUAAAAAACACAUUUUAUUGAAAAAAGCACCUCAAAAACAAGAAUGUGAAAAUCUAAAGAAAAAGCACCAUUUGUUAAAAGAUAAGCCUUGGAAAAAAAUCAAAACAUUUGUACACAACAUUAUAAAAAAAAACACUUUGUAAAAGUUUGUAAUUUAAAAA